UUCCAACCUCCACACCACAAACCUUCUCCUGCAAACAGCUCAACAAUGGCUUCUGCUGCUUUCUCCAUGGCCAAUUCAUCCCUCCAGGUCAAUGGAAAAGGGUUUUCGGAAUUCUCGGGUCUUCGUAGCUCAUCUGCGUCUCUUCCGUUCGGAAGAAAAGGUUCUGAUGAUUUGGUUUCAAUGGUUGCCUUCCAGACAUCGUUUGUUGGUGGAGUCAAGGUUUCCAAGGGAGUCGUGGCUGAGGCCAAACUGAAGGUAGCAAUCAACGGGUUCGGGCGCAUCGGAAGGAAUUUCUUGAGAUGUUGGCAUGGCAGGAAGGAUUCGCCUUUGGAUGUCAUCGCCAUCAAUGAUACCGGCGGUGUCAAACAAGCAUCCCACCUUCUCAAAUACGAUUCCACUCUCGGCAUCUUUGACGCCGUUGUAAAACCUUCUGGCGACAGCGCCAUUUCCGUAGACGGCAAGAUCAUCAAAGUCGUCUCUGAUCGCAACCCUUCCAACCUCCCAUGGGGGGAAAUGGGGAUUGAUUUGGUGAUCGAAGGCACGGGAGUGUUUGUGGACAGAGAUGGAGCUGGGAAGCACCUUGAAGCAGGAGCGAAGAAGGUUCUGAUCACUGCACCUGGGAAAGGCGACAUUCCUACGUACGUUGUCGGUGUCAAUGCCGAUCUUUACAACCAUUCCGAGUCCAUCAUCAGUAACGCCUCCUGCACCACAAACUGCCUCGCUCCUUUCGUCAAAGUCAUCGACCAAAAAUUCGGAAUCAUCAAGGGAACAAUGACCACAACUCACUCCUACACUGGAGACCAAAGGCUGCUUGAUGCCAGCCACCGUGAUCUCAGACGUGCACGAGCUGCAGCACUAAACAUCGUCCCAACAUCCACUGGUGCUGCAAAGGCCGUCGCACUCGUGUUGCCAUCACUCAAAGGAAAGCUCAACGGCAUUGCUCUCCGUGUUCCCACACCCAAUGUCUCCGUGGUGGACCUCGUGGUUCAAGUUUCCAAGAAGACGUUCGCUGAGGAGGUGAAUGCGGCGUUCAGAGAGGCUGCAGACAAUGAGCUAAAGGGUAUCCUGUCGGUGUGCGACGAGCCACUGGUGUCUGUUGACUUCAGAUGCAGCGAUGUGUCAUCAACGGUUGACUCCUCGUUGACCAUGGUGAUGGGUGAUGACAUGGUCAAGGUGAUUGCAUGGUACGAUAACGAAUGGGGUUACUCACAGAGGGUUGUUGAUUUGGCUGACAUUGUUGCCAAUAACUGGAAGUGAGCCUUUCCAUCACUUGCUUAAUUGUUUCCAUUUCUUCUAAGUUUUCAAGUAAUCUAAAUUUUUGUUGCAAAUAUAUAAUAAUAUAUAUAUAUAUAUAUAUAUAUGUAAUGUAAACUGAGUUUCCUGUAUUUGGAACGAUUAUUCUGAAACAAAAUAAGAGCUAUCCAAAAGAAUUCUCAA